AUGACGACCAAGACUCAGGAACCGGAGCGAGCCACGAUCAGCUUGACUGAUCUCAGCAAGCACAACACCAAGGCGGAUUGUUGGAUAGCGGUGCACUCGAAAGUCUGGGAUAUCACUGACUUCAUCAAUGACCACCCAGGAGGUCCGUCGGUCCUUCUCAAGUGUGCCGGUUCAAAUGCCACAAAGAUCUUUGACGAGGUCCACGCACCAGACAUCCUCGAGGAGCUUCCUGACGAGAAGCUCGUCGGGGUUUUGCAAGACGCCACUCCAGACGUUCCUGCAGCUUCAUCACAGUCAGGUGGCACGAACGGCACAACAAAAGCAUCUGCAGAGACUGUGCAAGCAGCAUCCACGUCUACUCAAGGACAGAACGCCAUACCGCCACUCGAUUCCAUAAUCGGGGCGCCGGAUUUCGAGGAUGUCGCUUCCAAAGCACUCACGCCGAAGACUUGGGCUUUCUACUCUUCUGCAGCUACGGACCUCAUAACGCACAAGAACAACAAGGAGCUUGUAAGACGUAUCAUGAUCCGGCCGCGGAUCCUGAGAAACGUUUCCCACAUCGACAUGAGGACGACUAUCUUGGGUUUCGAGAGCUCGGCCCCUUUCUUCAUCUCGCCCGCCGCCAUGGCGAAGCUGGUGCAUCCUGACGGCGAGUUGGCCCUGAGUCGAGGAGCGGCAAAUGAGAACAUCAUUCAAUGUAUUUCGAGCAAUGCAUCCUACACUCUCAAGUCCAUCGUCUCGGCUGCUCCGCCCACGCAGCCCUUCUUCUUCCAGCUUUACAUCAACUCCGAACGCCACAAGACGAUAGAGAUUCUUCGUUCUGCCCGUGCUCUGGGUAUUAAGGCCGUCUUUGUGACCGUGGACGCACCUGUCCCCGGCAAGCGGGAGGCGGAUGAGCGUGCCGCCCAAGCAGGCACGAUCCGAGCUGCCAUCAGCGGCGCCGAAAGCAGCAAAGAUAAGAAGGGCAGCGGUCUUGGACGUUUAAUGGCUCAGUAUAUUGACAAGUCCAUCACCUGGGAGGACCUCUCGUGGAUCAGAGAAGCCAGCGGCGUUCCCAUUGUGCUUAAAGGCGUUCAGACGGCGGAUGACGUCAGGUUAGCAGUUGAGUAUGGUGUGGAUGGAGUACUUUUGAGCAACCACGGGGGUCGAUCUCUGGAUGGCUCGCAAGCCUCCAUUCUUGUCCUGCUCGAACUUCGAGAGCAGUGUCCUGAGGUUUUCGACAAGCUAGAGGUUUACAUCGACGGUGGCUUUGAGCGGGGGUCGGAUAUACUGAAGGCCAUUGCACUUGGUGCCACAGCAGUCGGUGUGGGCAGGCCGUUCCUGUAUUCUCUUGUUUACGGCCAGCCAGGCGUAGAGCAUCUUUCACAGAUCCUUAAAGACGAGCUUGAAACCUCAAUGAGGCUCUGCGGUAUCACCAGCCUUAGGCAGGCAACUCCUGCAAUGGUGAACACUCUGGAUGUCGAGUACUUGGUGGUUUCGGAGGACCGAGCUAGACAAAAGAAGCCUUUGGGAAGACCACGGUCGAAGCUUUGA